AUAAAAAGUUCCCCACCAUACAAACUCUUUCAACCAACACAAGAAAAAUGGCUUUUCCCGCCAUUUCUCUACCAACUAACAUAACUGUCAUUGCCACCAUUAAACCAAAUUCAAACUUGAAAAUUCUCAGCAAAAAUCCCUUCAAUUCAUCUCUCAAAUCACUCACCAAAUCCGGUAAACUCGACGAAGCUCUUCAGUUACUAGAAUCACAAGAAUCAUCUAAAAUCGACUCAGAAUCAUACACAACUUUGCUACAUUCAUGUAUUUUAAACAAGUCAGUCGAACACGGUCAUCGUGUUUAUCUUCACUUGCUUUUAAAUUCGAAUAAUAGAUAUGUAAAUGACAAUGUGAUAUUGUCUAAGUUGAUUACAUUGUUCUCAGUUUGUGAUCAGUUAGAUGAAGCUCGUCGUGUAUUCGAGCAUGGGGUGGGAAAUAAGGAUCGGCCUGAAUCAGUUUGGGUAGCAAUGGGAAUUGGGUAUUCAAGAAAAGGGUGUUUUAGGGAGGCGUUGUUGGUUUAUUCUGAAAUGUUGGAGAGGUUUAUUGAGCCGGGGAAUUUCGCGUUUUCUAUGGCGUUGAAAGCAUGUUUGGGGGUUUUGGAUUUACGGGUAGGUAGAGGUGUACAUGGACAGAUUGUGAAAUCGGAGAAGGGAGGUGAUCAAGUUGUGUAUAAUGCGCUUUUGGGAAUGUAUAAUGAGUGUGGGUGUUUUCGGGAUGUGUUGAAGGUGUUUGAAGAAAUGCCUGAGAGAAAUGUUGUUAGUUGGAAUUCGUUGAUCACGGGGUUUGUUAAGAAAAGACAGGUUUUUGAGGCAUUUGAGACGUUUAGGAGGAUGGAAGGAGAGGGUGUGGGGUAUAGUUGGGUAACUUUUACGAUGAUUUUAGCUGUCUGUUCUCAGGUUACAUACCUUUAUUAUGGGAGAGAGAUACAUUCCCAGAUUGUUAAGUCGAAUAAAGUUCCUGAUGUUGUUUUGCUGAACUCGCUUUUGGAUAUGUAUGCGAAAUGUGGAGCGAUGGAGUAUUGUAGGAGAGUUUUUGAGAGAAUGAAGUACAGAGACGUUACAUCGUGGAAUACCAUUAUCAAUGGGUAUGCAAUCAAUGGAUUAAUGGGAGAAUCUAUGAAGUUGUUUGAUGGUAUGGUCGGUGGUGGAGUUAGGCCAGAUGGGGUUACUUAUAUUGCAUUGUUGUCUGGCUGUAGCCAUGCAGGACUUGCGGACUUAGGCGAGGAAUUGUUUCAGAGCAUGACGGGAGAUUUUGGAAUUCGGCCUUCCUUGGAGCAUUAUGCUUGUCUUGUUGAUAUAUUAGGUAGAGCGGGGAAGAUUAAAGAGGCUCUGCAAGUAGUGGAGAAAAUGCCAGGGAAGCCUAGUGGAAGCAUUUGGGGCUCACUGCUCAAUUCGUGCAGACUUCACGGAAAUGUCUCUCUUGCAGAACUUGUGGCGGAGCAGUUGUUUGAGAUGGAACCUAACAACUGUGGGAAUUAUGUGAUGUUGUCAAACAUUUACGCAAAUGCGGGGAUGUGGGAUGGAGUUAAAAAGGUAAGAGAGAUGAUGGAAAAUAAGGGAAUAAAAAAGGAGGCGGGAUGCAGCUGGAUACAGGUUAGAAAUAAAGUACACACCUUUAUGGCUGGUGGUGGUUUUGAAUUUCGUAAUUCGGAUGAAUACAAGGAAGUUUGGGAUGAGUUAUCAGAUGCUAUUGAGAAAAUGGGGUAUAAACCUGAUACGAGAGUUGUGCUUCAUGAUGUUAGCGAGGAAACAAAAGCAGAAUGGAUAUGUGGACACAGUGAACGGCUUGCUACAGUAUUUGGUCUGAUUCAAACUGGUUCCGGUAUUCCAAUUCGAGUGACGAAAAACAUUCGUAUUUGUGCUGAUUGUCACUCUUGGAUGAAGUAUGUGUCCGAAAUAACAAGAAGAAGGAUUAUAGUGAGAGAUACAAAUCGGUUCCACCAUUUUGCCCAAGGGAGAUGCUCUUGCAAUGAUUACUGGUGAUUCAUUUAUAUGCCAAUCAAGAUCGAUAAGGAUCAUUGUUGUUAUUUUGUAAGUACUCCCAUUAAGAUCUUUUUUUGCCGAGCUAUGUACUGAACCAGAAAAAUAAAAAUCCCAACUACGGAUAUAUAAGAGCCAAAACUGAUUGGUUACUUCAAAACA